GGCGCGAAUAAACAAGUGGGGUUUUUUUGGGGGUAUCUUCCGGUUACUAGCAAAUCAAAGGAGAUCAACUUUGGUGUCCAUUAUCGUCACAUAAUCAAAUUCAAGCUGACAACGCACACUUGAACAUUUUCUUCUAACUUUAUCGGGCACGAAGGGAAAUAAUGUCGGAGUCGCUCUCUGACGACGACAUCAGUCAAGAAGAAUGUCAGGAGGAUGGCAUGACCCCGGCCGACUUGAUCGCUAAACUAGAAGAAGCUUGGCGAAACGAAAAGUUCUCACCGGAGUUGCUGGCCAGCCAGUCCGAAGUGGUGGAGUGUGUCAUGGAGCAACUCACACACAUGGAAGACAACCUGCAGAAAGUGAAGAAAAGAGACCCCAAGGCCGCCAUUCAUCACAUGGAGAUCGACCGCAUCCGCUUUGUGCUGUGCAGCUACGUGCGCUCCCGCCUGCAGAAGAUUGAAAAGUUCUUCCCGCAUGUCCUGGAGAAGGAGAAGUCUCGCGGCAAAGGAGAACCGUCGCUGCUUUCGCCUGAGGAGUUUGCCUUUGCCAAAGAGUAUGCCGCAAACACAGAAGACCACAUGAAGUCCGCAGCACUGAGCCACAUGCCCCCCAUCCUCCAGACACUUGACAUGCUCAAAGCAGUACCUGCGCCAUGCCUGGACUCCUUUGUGUUCCUGCGGGUGAAGGAGAGACAAGAGAAUAUAUUAGUGGAGCCUGAAACUGACGAUCAGAGCGAGUAUGUCGUGGAUCUUGAAGAGGGCUCUCAGCAUCUCAUGCGCUAUCGGACCAUAGCGCCGCUUAUUUCAAGUGGAGCAGUUCAGUUGAUUUAAAUGUCAAGGUUCUUGUUUCCGGUCUGGGUGUUUUGGCUUCCAGCAGGUUGUAGAAAAUGACAUAAAUAAUGUAGCAGACAGUUGGACAUGUCUGGACACAACUCAAAACGCGAGUCCCAUUGCUGCAAAUGCAGCCCCAUUUAAUCUUCUUAAGAUUGUUUCCCAUCGAGUUUCUGUGCAGCGUUAAAAGCCUUCCAAGGUCAACGUGACAACAUGUUUACAAGUCCAAAGUACAAAAACUGUGUGUUUGUGACAGAGAGUUGCUGGUUUUGAAAGGCAUCGUCUGUUGCUAUUAUCAGGACAUGUUUCAAGAUGGUGACUAGUACUGUAUAUUUCGGGGGGGGGCAAAACACAUGCCUCAGAUAUUGUGAUAAUUAAUGGUCCUGAAAAUGCUUUCUUUCCAGAAUUGUAUGGUUUGGGGAUGAAGGGGUAUUCGUGAAAUUUGUUGAGUGAAGAAAGCAAAUACAUCUGCAUUCUUUUUUGUGUCAAAUCCAUUUCGUUGUCAUGUGAACAAGCACAACUGCGUAUUUUUCCAAUUUGCUGUGCUGACAUUCCACACUUCACAACGACUCUUAGAAUUUUAUCCAUCCAUUUUCCACCGCUUAGCCGAGGUCAGGUUGCGACGGAAGUAGUCCAGACUUCCUUCUCCCCAGCCACUCUUCCGGGGAUAUUUGGAGGCAUUCUUCGGCCAUCUGAGAAAUUUUUUUUCUCUCCAGCGUGUCCUCGGUAGUUCCUGGGAUCUUCUCCCAGUAGGACGUACGUGGAACACCUCACCAGGGAGGCGAUUGGGACGCAUCUGAAUCAGAUGCCCCAGCCACCUCAUCUGCCUCCUCUACUGUUAGCCCCUCCCGGAUGACCGAGGACCUCACCCGUUCUCGAAGGGAGAGCCCGGACACCCUGCGGAGGAAACUCACUUUGGCUGCUUGUAUCUGGAAUCUCGUUCUUUCGGUCACGACCCACAACUCGUGACCAUAGGUGAGGGGAGGAAUGUAGAUUGACCGAUAAACAAGUAGACCCACACCAUCCUGCCGCCUCUCACUGUGGGCAACUCCAGAUGUGCAAAAGGGUCUAACCCCUCUCGAGAGGACUGCUACCAGAGCCCGAGCCGUGAGUGGAGGUGAUAUCUAGUUGGAACUUCUUGACUUCCCACCCAAUCUCAGGCUCCUUCCCUGCCAGAGAGGUGAGGUUCCAUGUCCCCAGAGCCAGCUUCUGUAGUCGGGGAUCAGGUCACCACCCAGCUCACGCUGCACCCGACCCAUAUGGCCCCUCCAACAAGUGGUGCACCCAUGGAAAGGGGGAUCCCUGUUACCCUUUCAGGAUGUCCCCGGCCGAGUCCCAUGUGUGCAGAGCCGCCACCGGGCGCUCGCCUUCAAGCCCGAGCUUCAGAUGGGUGCUCCAUGACCCCCAUCCUGGCAAGGGAAACCUCAAUCCAUUCAAGUUUUUCAUUCUCAGGGUCUUUUCGCUGUGCUUUGUGUGGUCCCUCACCUUGGACUUGUUUGCCUUGGUUAAUCCUUCCAGGGGUGUGAAGCCCCAGACAGACAAUCAAGGAUCGUUGGGACACAAAAACACCUCCACCACAGUCGGGUGACGGCUUCCAGGCGGGAAGGAGUUAAUUUAAUUUUCAUUAAAGCCCUCGAAACAGUGUGCUAGCAUGUCUUCUCUUGGAUAUAAUCGUUCUAAUGGUGCCGUUAUGUAAUCUACAACGGGAACAAUCAGUGUUCAUUGUGUGGAUGCGCUCUAAUUGCCAAAUGAUCAGAUCACAGAUACUGAUUGAAUUUAGCCGAAAGACAUUAUCUUUAUGAUGAAUCAAUGCAAUAAUCCAUUAUGAUCAGAUUAUUAACGGUUUGCAAAGAACAUUAACAGCUGCUUAUCAACAUGUAUGUUGUAAACCACUUUUAAAACUAUAACCAUUAAAAACAUGCGUCAGCGUUA